AACUGCUCAAAAUAGUUUAUCUUAUUUGAAAGUCACACCAGAUACAUUGAUAAGAAUGACUGGAAUAGGAUAUUUAUGGUUAAACAUAAGUUUCAUCGCUUUUACGUCAUUACUAGUUACAUGUACAACUACAUACGUUCAACAAAAUAUAUCUGGAAGUACACCUAACUGUCAGCUACAGUUAGAAUGUGUUGGGGCUAGUUCAUCUGGAUUCGGUCGUGUACGUAUACCAGUAAGGUCAGCUAGAGGACCUCCUGGACCUGCAGGACAACAAGGAAAAACUGGACCACCUGGUCCUCGUGGAGAAACAACGAAAAUGCAACCAGUAUGGAUACCUAGACCGAUAGAAUAUCAAAUCGCCUUCUAUGCAGGAUUGUCAAAAAGCAUCGAAAGUAAACCAACAAAUAAAAAUUGUCAAUUAGUAUUUGAAUCUGUUAUGUUGAAUCUUGGCAAUGGAUAUGACAAUACAACAGGCGUAUUCACUGUACCUGUCUCUGGUGUUUAUAUAUUCGUUGUAGUUUUAUCAGCACAAAGUUAUGAAAAAGCUGGUGUACGUUUAUUGCAUAAUGGUAAAGUUGCAUUACUCUCAUGGUGUGAAAGUACAUUUUGGGCAACUGUUACAAAUCAAGCAAUUAUACAAUUGAAUAAAAAUGAUCAAAUAUGGCUUGAAUGUCGAGAUGAAGCGUAUAGACUACAUGGACAUAUGUAUAGUAGUCUAUCUGGAUAUCUUCUUUAUCCUCUUGUUUAAUAAGAACAACUACAUCAUUAUUAUAUAAAUUGUAUACAACAUUACAGGAUAUUCUUUUACUUAUUUCAAUUUUAAUUCUUUAAGAGUCAUAUUCUUUUAUAAGCUGACACUCUCAUUGUCUUUAUAGUUCCACUUUAUAAGUGAUAAUGAUACUAUCAUUAUUGAAUUCAAUGAAGAUGUGCAUUUUAACAUUCUUUACUUACUUGAAUGCAUUACUCUUACUAAAUACAAAAAGUGAACUUUAUGCCAACCUUGUCUUUGAAACGGCUUUUUUCUUUUUUGUGACAGUGAAAUAC